AUGGAAUCAGAAAAUCAAACAUGUGUUUUAGAAUUUAUCCUCCUGGGUGUCUCAGAAGAUGUAUUACUACAGCCCCUCCUUUUUGGACUGUUUUUGUCCAUGUAUCUGGUCACAUCCAUUGGGAACCUGCUCAUCAUCCUGGCCAUUAUCAUGGACUCCCACCUCCACACGCCCAUGUACUUCUUUCUCUCCAAUCUCUCUUUGGCAGACAUAUGGUUCAUCUCCACCACCAUCCCUAAGAUGCUACUGAACAUCCAGACACAGAGCAAAGUCAUUACCUAUGCAGGAUGCAUCACCCAGUUGUACUUUUUCAUGCUUUUUGGAGAUCUGGACAACUUCCUCCUGACUGUGAUGGCCUAUGACCGGUUUGUGGCCAUCUGUCACCCCCUCCGAUACACGAUCAUCAUGAACCCCCGCCUCUGUGGGCUCCUGCUUCUGGCAUCCUGGAUCAUGACUGCCCUGCACUCAUUGUUACAGAGCUUAAUGGUUUUGCGACUCUCUUUUUGUGAAGAGUUGGAAAUCCCUCACUUUUUCUGUGAACUUAAUCAGCUAAUCCAUCUUGCUCGUUCUGAUACUUUUCUCAACGAUUUGGUGAUGUAUUUUGCUACUGGCCUUGUAGCUAUUGUUCCACUCACAGGGAACCUCUUCUCUUACUCUAAGAUUGUAACCUCCAUUUUCAGAAUUUCAUCAGCUGGAGGCAAGUACAAAGCAUUUUCUACAUGUGGGUCUCACCUUUCAGUUGUCUCCUUGUUCUAUGGCACAGUUCUUGUUCUUGGGGUGUAUCUGAGUUCUGCUGCUGCACAAAACUCCAGGGCCAUUGCCAUAGCCUCAGUCAUGUACACAGUGGUCACCCCCAUGCUGAACUCUUUUAUCUAUAGUCUAAAAAACAAAGACAUAAAGCAAGCCCUUAAAAAGCUCUUCAGACAAGAAACGUUCUCUACAUAG